AGGCUCCAGAAAUCACUGACAUUAACGAGGCGUGCUGCAGCAUUAUCAGCGGAUCGUAUGCAUGUGUAACAAUCAGCAUGCGGUGUUGUUACGGAGUGAUAUUGUUCCUGCGCUGAUGCGAUGCUGCAGGUCCUGGGUUUAACGCGUCCAUUCAGAGCGCUCCCCCAGCUCUCUUUACCAGCGAGUGAAAGAUACAAACCAAACGUGGUUAUGACACGCUUUAGCACCUUUUCCUCAAUUACAAUGCGUUUAAGUUGCCUUCAUCUCUGUGAUGAUGAUAAGGACGGCAACGACAGAGCCAAGUUUACUUCACGGUUUCUAGAUCGUCAGGAUGAAUCCUCAGCAGCGGAUUGCCGCUCUCGGAACUGAUAAGGAAUUGAGUGACCUGCUGGAUUUCAGUGCGAUGUUCUCUCCACCUGUAGGCGGAGGGAAAAAUAGGCCCACCACACUUGGAAGCAGUCAGUUCAGUGCAUCAGGUAUGGAUGAGCGGACCAACCAAGCGUCUUGGGCCCCAGGUGGCGAGUCCAGCCCUUCCUAUGAAUCCUCCCGGGGUUUUGCAGACAGCCCUCAUUACGGCGAUCACAUGAGUGACAGCCGAUUAGUGUCCCAUGAAGAAUUGUCCCCAACACCUUUUAUGAACUCAAACAUAAUUGGUAAAACUGAGAGGGCUUCGUUUCUUGGCUAUGGGAGGGAUCCUGGAGCAUCUGGUAGCCAGGCGUCUCUCAGGCCAGAUGCAGCUUUGACUAGUCCCAAUUCUGUGACUACGUCGGGGAAAUCCACUGCUCCGUUUUACUCCUUCAAUGCAGCCAAUCCCAGAAGACGUUCUCUGCAAGACGCUCCACUCAUCGAUCCACUACAAACAAAAAAGGUUCGCAAGGUCCCUCCUGGCCUGCCUUCAUCUGUGUACGCACCGUCUCCAAACUCAGAGGACUUCAACAGAGAUUCCCCCUCGUACUCCUCGCCUAAACCUUCCAGCAGUAUGUUUGCAAGCACUUUCUUUGACGGUACCCACAGUUCAUCUGACCCGUGGAAUUCGUCCAGCGGGAUCAGUCAGCCCGGCUACGGGGGAAUGCUGGCAGGAUCUUCAUCUCACAUGGCCCAGACGGGAAACUACAGCAGCCUGCACUCACAUGACCGUUUGAAUUACCCCGCACAUUCAGUCUCUCCGGACAUCAACGCCAGUCUUCCUCCCAUGUCAAGCUUCCACCGGAGCAACACCAGCACUUCACCGUUCGUCACCGCAGCACACACUUCAUCCGUCAACUCCGUCGAUGGGGUUAUGGUCGCUGCGAAUCGGGGGACGACUAGUGGAAGCUCGCAGACUGGAGAUGCACUGGGCAAGGCUCUGGCCUCGAUUUACUCACCUGACCACACUAGCAGUAGCUUCCCGUCCAAUCCGUCCACACCUGUGGGUUCCCCCUCACCUCUGACGGCCACAGCAGGAGCUGCUUCAGCCGGGACCGUCGUGAGCGCCGCAGGGACCCCGUCUGCAAGGCCAGGUGCCAACCAGUGGCCCCGCGCGAGCGGACAGACUCCCCCUUCUCCAAACUACGAGAACUCCCUCCACUCGCUGAAAAACAGAGUCCAUCAGCAGUUACAUGAGCAUCUCCAGGAUGCCAUGUCUUUCUUAAAGGAUGUCUGCGAGUCUCGGAUGGAAGAUCGCCUGGACAGAUUGGAUGAUGCAAUCCUUGUUUUGAGGAACCAUGCAGUGGGCUCCACCGCCAGCCUGCCCAGCGACAUUCACACCCUGCUGGGACAGGCGCAGAACGGGCCAAUAACAACCAUCGGACCAAACUUUCCCGCCUCUGCACUCGUUCCAAGUCGGACUGCAGCGAUGCAGGGCGGCGACGAUGCUGCCAGCCUCACCAACAGCCAUGGAGGCCUGCCCAGCACCGGCUCCACGUCCAGCACAGAGCUCAACCACCAGCUGGAGACCUUCAGAGGUCUUGCUUCAGCGCUGUCCGGUCAGAUUCCUGCCGCCCUGGAGCUGAAGAUUGAGAAGCAGGAAAAAGACGACAUGCACGACAGCCUGUCUGAUAAUAAAUCAGACGACGAGAGCGACAGGAGGGACAUGAAGACGCCCAGGACAGGCCAACGCACAAGCAUCACUGAAGACGAGGAUCUGAAUCCGGAGCAGAAGGCCGAGCGCGAGCGCGAGAGGAGGAUGGCGAACAACGCCCGCGAGCGCCUGAGGGUCCGAGACAUCAACGAGGCCUUCAAGGAGCUGGGCCGCAUGUGCCAGCUGCACUUGAAAAGCGAGAAGCCCCAGACUAAACUACUCAUCCUGCAUCAGGCGGUGGCCGUCAUUCUUAGCUUGGAGCAGCAGGUCAGAGAGAGGAACCUGAACCCCAAAGCAGCCUGCCUUAAGAGACGAGAGGAGGAGAAGGUUUCCGGCAGUUCCAGUGACGCCCAGCAGGGGCACACUGGAGUCCAUCCAGGCCUGACCGACACGUCCAACCCCCUGGGUCACCUCUGAGCAGGAGGCAGAUCGAUGCCACGCGGCUCACUCCUGUGUGAGCUGGUGAGCCUGCUUCCCAGUGACAGACUGGACUUGUGGUUCCCACGCCAGUCGCAGGAGUCAGACCACUUGAAGCAAAACUAAGAGUCCAACACGAUCCAGCCCUCAGAUUGAAGAGAGCCAAGCGUCCAGCUCCAUCCACCGACUAGUUUCCAUCUGCAAAUUUCUCCCCACAAAGAAAAACCGAAACCACAUAUCAGUGUCUGUAAGAAGAAGAAGCGUGUUGCUCCUGAACAAUCAGAGACCUACGCAACCUCCGCCAACCGUACGUGGAAGUUGCCUUGUGCCUAAACUGAAUUGACGAAUGCAUUGUAACAGCAAUUUUUUUCUGUCUGUCUGGUUUUUUUUUCUAUUUAUUGAGCUGUCAGGUGUCUGCCGAAAAGGAAGGUUUGGUAAAAUCACAGAGAAGCGAGCGGCUUUUCAGUCGAGCUAUAGUUUGCUGUGUCACCGUUAAACCAGAGCACUGCCCCCCUGCUGAGACCAGGGGAAAACAUUUGAGAAGAUUAAUUUAUUGUCCAGUUUAGACUAAUAUUUAUACCCUGCAACAACAACAAAAAAUACUAGCUUUUAGAUGCGAACAACAGAAUUGUCCAAUGUUUUAUUUUUGUUAAAGAAGAUAUAUUAUUUAUAUUUAUUUGCUUGAUUUUGCCUCUGGCCACAUGUGAAACCAAAACUACCUAAUGUGUGUUUUCUAAAGGUGAUUGGCAAACUGUAGUUUCACUGAAAGCUCAGAUGUAGUUUUGUUUUUGUUUUCCCUCCGUUUAGACAUUAAGAAGCAAACUGGUUAGCAUUCCCAGCAUAUUUAAUGUCUUAACAAAUAAGAACAGGACUCAGAGACCCAUCGUCCCUUUGCCAUAUAGUGUUAAACAAAAAGCAUUUCAAUGGUUUUACAGAUUCCUGUCAACAUUUAUCCUCCUGACAUUUUCUUCCUAUUAUUGUUGUUUUUUUUAUCGUUGUUACGCCCAGCGAAUCAAAAUGCUUAAUGAGAUGUAGUGAAAGAGUAAAAGUUGCAAAAAAUGUAACAAAAAGAAAAGAAGAGGACGACGACCAUGCUAUCUCCUGGCCCGACGAACAUAUCAGUUUUCUUUUUGUUGAUAUUUCACUAAACUUCCAGUUAUUCAGAGUUAUGCUUAUCUGUGAGUCCGUCCUUCGUUUCGACUUCCAGCGCUCUCAGCCGUCUAAGUUAUUCUCCAGUUCGGAUCGAGGUUAGUUUGAACAAACGCGGUCAGCAAGGUUUCCUUUUACACCUCAAAACAUUGAUCAUGUUUUUUGUUUUCCCCAUCAGUGUGCAUGCUUUACAUCUCUCUCUUUUUUUUGUAUCUUUGGUCUUAAGACUUGCUUUAUAUUCCAUAUAUUUCUUUGUAUAUUAUGUGAUUUCCUCCAUUUGAAGCAAGGCGGCCACGUUCACGACGGGUUUUCAUCCAGAAUCAACGAUUCGCAGCAGGAGUUUACAUUCAGUACAUUUUUAUUAUUAUGACAAAAACUGUAAAAUAAUGUGUUUCCUCUGACUGAAUGUGGCCUCCUUCUUCUUCCUUCAGUAUUUCAUGUGGACAGACUGAGGGUGUCACUUCCAGCUCUUAUUUCCUUCAUUUUGUUUGCUGUUCUUCCUUUGUUUUUUUUUUUUGCUCCUCUGUUUGCCAAGUUAGACUUUGCUGUAUUCCCAGAUGCUUUCCCUUGUAUAAUAUAUGAGAAAAAAUAAGAAAAUCAAAAGAAAAAAAAAACAUUUGGCUUAUUUUUCACUGUAGUUAGUCUUUUAUACAAUAAUAAUACUGUAAGAAUAUUUCUUGAAUUCUAAAUAUUACUCUUUCUAGAUUUUUGAAAGCAAAGGUUUUGAGUAAAAAGUUUCUUACUUUAUUUUACUAUGUUAGGUAGUAAAAUGUACGGUUAUUUACCAUAACUUGUCAAUUAUUACAAGAGAUUUACAAGCGGCAGAAGACAGCAGAGCUGCGGCUCGUCGUUCUUUAAAAGGCUUCGAUCGAGCUGCAGGUUCCUGAAACAGAGACUUUCGUCUUCCGCUUUGGUCGCCGCUGUUCGCUGAUAAAACAUUUGAUCUUGUGUCAAAUAAGAAAAGGUGUCGAUCCGCAUUAAAAAAAAAAAAAAAAAGACAAAGGAAAAAGGAUAAAACAACUGUGGCAGCGGGAAUUUGAAUUUUCUGUCUUUUACAGCAGGAAAACAUGUAUAUAACAUUUAUGUUGCAAUAAAUGUGCCAUCUUUUUUUAAACUGGAUUGUAUGUGCAUUCAUUUCCCUCUGAGCAAAGAGGUUUUUGUUUUUAUUGCCCUCUCAGAUUUAACCUUUUUCCCCAACGCAGCAACAUUUUCCUGUAAAACAACACAAAGAAAAAAAACAAAGGUCGCCUCGGAAGAAAGAGUCUCGAUUAUUAGACUUUAUUAUUGUUUCUGUUUUUGCUUUUGGAGACGUUUCUACAGUGGAUUUAGGCCAAAUGAGUGUUUUAUAGUAUGUAACUUCUUUUUACCAGUGGACCAUUGUAGUCUGUAUGAAAAGUAAUAUGAAUAUAUAUGUUUCUAUUUUUAAUAAAGUGUGAUAGCAGCGUGA